AUGACGUCGCAAAAUUCCUCCGGCAGUGGCCCGGAAAAGUCCCAAUACUCGCAAACCAGCUUGGAUAAUUCCAAUCAGACCCUUUCCAAUAGCCACCGGACCGAAUCGACCAGCCAAAAUGAUGGUCGCGUAUCUAGCACAGGCCUCAGCGGCUCUGAUCGCAUCUAUCCAGUUCGGUCACUGGUAUCUAUGAAACCAGUGGGACAGAAGAAUAUAUCGCCAUUUUCCUCGCUCGAGAAUGUCGAGGAAUUCUCGAAUCACCCAGAGGAGCCGCCAAUAUCCACGAUCGAUGCAUUGCCUGAGGCCAGGAAUCCUUAUUCGAAUCAAGUCUUUCAUCCAAUGUCGCAUACCGGUGUCUCUGUCAACGAUGAGAUUUCUUCAAAUACGCCCGCUACAGGAGACAUGGGAGAUAUUGCAAAUCCAUUUAAUCUUCUAGACACUGCACCCAAAGAAGUCAGCGAAGAGAACCAAACCUACACGACAUCUCGGUUCGAACAUACACUUACUGAGAACGGACAUACUGUGAUGAUUGGGGAUAGCAGAAAAACCCUCAAACGAUGCGAGGAUGAGCCGAUCCGGACACCAGGUGCAAUCCAAAGCUUCGGAGCCAUGGUCGCUCUGAGAGAGGAGUCUCCCAACCAACUUGUUGUCCGCGCCGUGAGCGAAAACUCAGAACGGAUAAUGGGAUAUUCGCCACAAAAUCUUUUUGCCAUUGAAAGUUUCACUGAUAUCUUGAGAGAAGAUCAGCGGGCCACUCUUUUGGAACAUCUGGAUUACGUUCGAGACGACUCAUACGACUUAGUCAUUGAUGGGCCUGAGGUCUUUCUUCUGGCCGUUCAAACACCAUUAGGUGGAUUUACACGGUUUUGGUGCGCGACCCAUGUGAGCCAAGAAAACAAGGAUAUUAUUAUUUGCGAAUUUGAGCCCGAGGACGACCAGAUCAAUCCGUUGAAUGUUGAGGAUCAGAAGCUCCCAGAAACUCCCACGAGUACCUUGAAAACACACCCGCCUCCAUCUGAACAACAAUAUGCCGAGAGCACGAUUAGUGCAAGUAAUUCAGUGCGCUCUAUCCGCGAUGCCCGACGAAGGAAGGGCGAAGCUGCUUCAAUGCAAGUCUUUGGCACAUUGUCUCAGAUUCAGGCUCAGCUAUCGCAGGUGAAAGACUUGGAAACAUUACUCAAAGUCACAGCGGGACUAGUCAAGGAAUUGGUCGGAUUUCACCGAGUUUUGGUCUAUCAAUUCGAUCACAAAGCCAAUGGCCGGGUGGUGGCUGAGUUGAUGGACCCAAAUGUCACCGUGGAUUUAUUCCAAGGUCUGCAUUUCCCGGCUUCAGAUAUCCCGGCUCAGGCUCGAGAGCUCUACAAAGUUAACAAGGUCCGGUUGUUAUAUAACCGAGACCAUGUUUCUGCCCGACUAGUUUGUCGAACAUUGGCGGAUCUUGAGACCCCUCUUGAUAUGAGCCAUGCCUACCUUCGAGCCAUGUCACCAAUCCAUUCCAGAUACCUAGCGAAUAUGGAAGUGCGGUCAUCUAUGUCGAUCAGUAUCAACGCGUAUGACAACCUCUGGGGAUUGAUAUCUUGUCAUUCAUACGGGGAGGAUGGUAUGCGUGUCUCUUUCCCAAUACGCAAAUUGUGUCGAUUGGUCGGUGACACCGUGGCUCGAAAUAUUGAGCGCAUCACCCAUGCCUCCGAUCUACAAGCCCGUGUUAUGGUUAAUUCCGUACCAAAAGAAGCAGAUCCUUCGAAGUAUAUCGUUGGAUCCUCGGAUGACUUAUUACGACUUUUCCAAGCUGAUUAUGGUGUACUUUCUAUCGGAAACGAAGCCAAGCUGUUUGGCAGCGACGCCAAUUCCCAAGAAGUCCUGGCUCUGUUACAAUAUAUCCGUAUACGAAAAGUAACGUCAGUCCUUGCGUCGCAUGAUAUUGGAAAAGAUUUCUCCGAUUUUGUUUACCGCCCCGGAUUGAAACGAAUAUCAGGCUUGUUAUGUAUUCCAAUGAGCUCUGAUGGGGCCGACUUCAUCGCCUUCUUCCGCCUUGGUCAACUCACGACGAUCAAAUGGGCUGGCAAUCCGCAUAAGCCUGCAGACGGUGGGAUCGGACCUUUAACACCACGUCAAAGCUUCAAAGAAUGGCGCGAGAUUACCUUGAGCGAGUCAAAGCAGUGGGCAAAAUCUGACAUCUCGACAGCCGGUAUUCUUGGGUCCGUUUACGGGAAGUUCAUUCAAGUGUGGCGCCAGAAAGAGGUUCUCAAGCAGAACUCUCAGCUCACGCGUCUGUUACUAGCCAAUUCAGCUCAUGAGGUUCGCACCCCACUGAAUGCUGUCAUCAACUAUUUGGAGAUUGCCAUGGAAGCCACACUGGAUGAUGAGACCCGCGAGAACUUGACCCGGUCGUACUCGGCUUCUAAAUCUCUUGUCUACAUUGUCAAUGACCUUCUUGACCUUGCCACCGAGAGCGGGCAACAACUUAUCAAGAAUGAGGCUUUUGAUCUAAAAACCACGUUGUGCGAUGCCUUUGACAUGUUGACUGGGGAAGCUGAGCGAAAGGGCAUCUCCUUCACAUUUAAAAUGCGUCCUGGACUUCCAGAUGCAGUUUUAGGUGAUCAACGUCGCUUGCGACAAAUCUUUGUGAACCUCAUUUCAAAUGCCAUUGAGCACACAGUGAAGGGUGGUGUAAGCGUUGAGGUCUCACCUUCUGGUGUUCAAGACGAGCAUGCAUCACUUGAAAUGACGGUUGUCGACACAGGUCCUGGGAUCUCAAAAUCACGACGGGAACGGCUUUUUAAAGAGCUUGAAGAAGUUCACACUGAUGAGCACUGGUUCACAGAUGGCCUGAAUGCUGCAGAGCAUUCAGGGGGUGAGCAGCGACGUGUCCUAGGAGUUGGUCUUGCAUUGACUGCUCGCAUUGUAUACACGAUGAAUGGACAGCUCCAUGUGAAAUCCGAAGAGGGCAAAGGCAGUCGAUUUAGAAUUAUACUCCCUUUCGCAAUCCCGGGAAAGCCAUCCUCGUUGUCCUCGGAGAAACUGUCAAACUCCAAUUUCCUCGAUCUGCCAAAGUCACCAUCAAUCUUGGACGGGGAAUUUACUUCUCUGGUUGGAGAUGAUAAAGCGCAAAAUCAAAGCGUGCAACAUGACUCCAAUACCAAUCUUACUGGUGACUAUCUUGGGCAUGGAAAGGGUCAAUCUGAUCAACUCGAGUCCUCACAACCUCAGAACAACUUUUCUAAUAGCGAAAGCCGCAUGAAUCAAAACCAACCUAUGCCAUUACGACUACCCAUUCGACUUUCAUACGACAAAUUAAAACCACAGGAUAUGAGUGAAAUAAGUCCUCAACAACAGCUAGCUAAGGAAAACUUUCAAGGGGGUUCCAAAAUUUCAAAGGCAAACCCAUCAUCACCAUCUUCUUCCAGCAAUGCGAGCAUGAACAUUCUCAUCGCAGAAGACAACCCAGUCAACAGCCACAUUCUGCAAAAGAGAUUGACUAGAAUCGGCCACACGGUCCAACUAACCAACAACGGAGAAGCAUGCGUCAAUGCAUUGUCGUCAAAGAAUGAAACCUUCAGUGCGAUUCUGAUGGACAUCCAGAUGCCCAUUAUUGACGGAAUAACUGCCACGAAAAUCAUUCGUGCGACUGAAUCUGACAACUCAAACUCUUCGGUCUCAGAUGCAUCCAAUCGAUCCAACCGGAUUCCCAUUUUCGCAGUAUCAGCGUCUCUUGCUGAGAAGGAUGAACAGGCUUAUAUUGACGCUGGAUUUGAUGGCUGGGUUAUGAAACCGAUUGAUUUUGCCAGGCUGAACAUCAUCCUAGCUGGGAUACAUGACCUGGAGGUUCGCCAGAGUUCUACUGAGGCGAGAGAUUGGGAAAAGGGCGGGUGGUUUGACACCGACUAG